AAAGAGGUUGAUGAUACUGUAGUUAAAAAUACAAAUCUUGUAUUGGACAGUGGUGAUGUGACAAAAUCACACACUGAUAAGACGAUCUCAGGAUUUACAAACACUGUUACAAACAUCAAUCCUUCAACGUCUAUUUCUGUUCAUUCGACAGAAACCAUUUCAUGGGAGCAGAAAGCCAUUCCAUUGAAGCACAAAGCGUUUGUAAAAAUACUCCAAAAUUUGCUUCAAAAUGGCUGAAAAACAAAUUUUUGAAGGGAAAACAAGGUGAAAGCAUAAGUACAACUGAAGAUAAGAUUGACGAUGCUGGAUCUGAUGGAGUUAUUAAGGAUCCACGUAAGAUUGACGAUGCUAGAUCUGAUGAAGUCGUUAAAGAUCCACAUAAGAUUGACGAUGCUGGAUCUGAUGGAGUUAUUAAGGAUCCACAUAAGAUUGACUAUGCUGCAUCUGAUGAAGUCAUUAAGGAUCCACAUAAGAUUGACGAUGCUGGAUCUGAUGAAGUCGUUAAAGAUCCACCUAAGAUUGACGAUGCUGGAUCUGAUGAAGUCGUUAAAGAUCCACAUAAGAUUGACGAUGCUGGAUCUGGUGUGUUCAUUAAGGAUCAACUUCCUGGUGUUUGCCAUAAAGACGGUGGUUGCGAAAGCCUUAGUUUUUCCUCCUCAAAUGUUCAUCGCUCUAUCCUAGAACAUGUAGACUCUGAUUAUGAUAGUCGUCAUAGCAACAGUGAUGAUCUUGACACCGUUGAAGGAGAUAUUUCUUCAAGUGACAAAGAACAAAGUAAUAACAAAGGGAAAUUUCUACAAAUACUUGCCAUUGCUGUUACAAAAUUUAAUAAAUGUCACACUAUUUUUGCCGUCUAUGGUCUACAGCUGUUGAAAACGUUGAAUGACAUCAUAAAACCUCUCGCUGAACAGAUUGGAAUGAAGAAAACCAUUGAAUUUGUGGAAAUAGAACUAAAACAAGGUCCUCAAGGAUUGAUUGUCUUGACGGUGAUGUUGGUGGCGUUUGCUGGCUAUUUUAUGUUGAGUAUUAUGUGCAGCCGAAAGAUUCUUCCUGCAUACGGACCGAAUCUGAAAGAUAUCUUUAAAACUUACGAAGGAAGAAUCAAUAUUCUAGAAGAGGAAUGUUUGAAAUAUGAAAUUUCAAUCAAAAACAUGAAACGAGAAACAAAAGAAGUUGACGAUGGUCGAUCUGCUUUAGAAAGGCAGUUGGAUGAUGAAAAACAUGAACGUUGUAAAUCAGAAGAACAAAAUUCAAUUCUGAAAAAAAUUGUGGAUAAUCUUAAUGAAAAGGUAGAACUCCUUGAAGAAGAAUCAUCAAAGCUGAAGCAGUCAUUAGAACAGAAAGCAGAAAGGAUCAGAACAGUUGAUGAUAAGUUGUCUGAAACAUCGAAGGAAGUUGAGGAAGAAAAACAACAAAGUGAAAAUUUAAAGCGGGAAUUGACGACAAAGGACGAUGAAAUAAAUGUUUUAAAGGACGUUAUUGAUGAAUAUAAACGUAAACUUUCACAAUCGGAAGAUGAUUCAAAUAGGCAUAAAACUACACUUCAGGAAUGGAAUGAGAGAUAUCACGAGUUACAACAAAAGUGUGACGAUAUUUCAUUGAGCAAUCAAACUUUGGAAGAGCAAAUAAAAUUCAAAGACAACGAAAUCGAGAUUCUCCGAGAUUCUUUGGUUCAAAUAAACACGGGGGUGAACGUGAAUUCUGACGAAGAACUUUCUCAGGAAGAAGUGCAAGAAGCAAAAUUAAAUAAAAUCAAAGAGCUCAUGGAUGUCUCUCAGAUUAGAGCAGAUUUUAAAGUUUGCUUGGAAGAAAAAGAGAGCCUUGAACAGAAUAUGAAAAUAGAAGUUGAAAAGCGAGAAAAACUCGAAGGUGAAGUGGAGCGUCUCGAGCUCGAAUUAGAUAAGACAAAAGCUUCUGAAGAAGAAAUACGCUUUAAGUAUCGCGAAACUGACAUAAAACUGAAUACUUUGCAAGAUUACUUUAAGAACAUGGAAAAGGAUCUUCACAGAAAAUUAACUGCAGAGGAAGCUGCGAGAAUGGCAAGCGAAUCUGAACUUGAAAGAAAACUGCGUGAAGCUUCGUCGGCUGUUCGGGAUGUUGAUUUAUAUAGGAAGCAAGCUGAGGAAUUAAAAAAAGAAAUCAAUGCAACACAACAAUCUUUCCAAUCACAGAUCUCCAGUGUGGAAGAGAGAGCGCAUGAGAAUUGGUUAAAAUUCAGAUCUGCUGAACGAGAAUUAGAAGAGUUGAAAAGAGAAAGAAACGCGUUAAGGAGAAGAUUGUAUGAAAUGGAAACGAGUUCCAAGUCUAAAGUCUCGUCAGAAGAUAACAAUCCUGGAGCAUUAGGGGACAUUCCUCAAUCGCAAUUAGAAUCACCAUCCACCAAUGUUCGAUCCAGUUCGAAACGAGUAAGUGCUAAUUCACGAAAAAGUCCAUCAUCUGUUGAAGAUCGCAAGCGAAAACAACGCGAGAAAAAUUCGACACCAUCUUGGGAAAUUGAUAAGAGUUCCUAUCGUCGAGAAAAAGAUCGUGAGACGCCUCCACCACCUCCAUUGUGGGAUCGCAACUCUUCUAGACGUAGAGGGCGAAAGGAUUCCUCUGAUGGAGAUAUGGAUGAUCAACGUGGUGAUAGAUACACUCCUUCACCACCUCCACCUCCACUUGAUCUUAAUGCAAGAAGAUAUCGAGGAGAUAUGCGUUCGUCACCUCCACCCCCACCCCCACCUAGUCACGUGUUAGCAAGACCGAUGAGAAUGCCUAUAGAUGAUGGAUCCUCGCCACCACUUCCUUUUGCUCCUAACUUUUUUUCUCCUCGAGUUGGUCGCUUUCCUAUAGGACAACCUCCUGCUCCAUCGUUUGGGGUGCAACCCUUAGGUUUGAUUGCACAUCCGCCUCCUGCAAUGGUUCGUUCUCAUUUAGAAAGCACACUGCCUCAAAGUUUUGCACCUCGGAGUAUAAGCAGCGGUCCAUUACGUCCAUUGGAGUCAAAUAGAGAUCACUCUCUCGAAAAAUUAAAUGACAGUAGUAGUUUUGUCAACAAGUCUUUCAACGCCGAAAGAUCUCCACCAUCAAAUAUUCCAUAUUCAAAACAACGUACAAUUCAGAAAGCUGAAAAUUUGCCUUGACUUUUUAUCAUAAUCAAUAAGGUUGUAGUGUUCCAUUGUUUAUAUCAUAACAACUUUAUAUGGUCAAUGACGAAUACCUUGUUAUUAUUACAGUAUUAUUUUGACUGUAAAUGUUAAAAAAAUGACAUCGCUUAAGAAGGACAAGCAACUUGUUUAAAUAUAUCAAUCAAAUUCACCAAAAA